UUCCGAUUAUUCAAAGUCUGGUAAUACACAGCGAACGUGUGCUGCUGGCAGAGUUCCCUAUCCAAAGUUAAAAAGAGACCCGAUCCGAUCGGGUGUUGAACAUAUGCAACCGCAAUACAAAGAGACGACACGGUCUCGAGAGAUUGCUAAGGCGGUUCGGUCGAUGUAUGGUUUGUUCUAACGAUAUCCAGAAUUGAGUGUAUUCGUUGGUCGGAACCAUGCGGGAUAAGACGGUCGGAACAAUUUAGAGAUAAUGCGUUAAAAUGUGCUUCUUUAUUCAACUAGUGACACAGCAAUUUAACGAUUUAAUGUCACGUUAAUAUGGUUGAUUCCUGCAAGUGAAUAAGAAUGUUUCGCAUGGCGUCAUGACGCAACCUACUACUUUUUCAAAAUGUGUUAUGCGCAAGCCAGUUGCAGAAUUAGUGAAACGGCAAUCGUUUACGAUGAGCAAAGUGAUUAAAAGUGUGUCAUAUAUCCGGAUGAUGAAAAUUAAGUGAAGGCUACUGUUUUCAUGUGUGAGGAAUAGUCGUGCGUGCCAUAAUUAAUGUACUGCUCAAUCGUUGUUUACCAAUUUAAUCUACGUUUCGAGUGCUGCUUUUCAUGAUGUAUUCAGACAACCCGAACUACUUCGACGAAGAGGUGGCCACCAAGAGCAACGAAACAAACAGCAAAAGUUUCUUUCUGUUCAAAAAACGGCAUUCCUCGGGUAAACUGGUAACAUCAAAGCCCGUUUCCAUAAACAUUGAUCUUAACCCGGGAGCACAAAAACGUCGUGGAAGUUUAAAAGGAUUAUUACGCUCCCGUAGCAAUAGUACAACAUCGCCUCCGGUGAGAACAGCAGAUACGAAUACCAGGAAGCAUAACACGCUAGAUUACCGGAACCAUGGAGCCGACAGCAUCCGUGACCGUUGGGAUUCCUAUAAUGAUUCAUUUUCGGAAAACAGUGCCAAUGAUGAUGUGUUCUAUUCGAAUUCCAUUGACUCCAAGUGCAGCAGUUUAUUACAAGGGCGGAGAGAGCAUCUUCGUAGCGAGGAAGCAACAUCCAGUGAAACAAGGCGUCAUUCUAUCGGAACGUUCAUGAUGAAAGAGCACAUGCGAACCGGAUCAAUUUCUGAUGAGGUUCCUAAAAUGCUGGCUCCCAAGGCUCCUACCGCUUCUAAAAGCAUCCAAAGACAUGGUGAAAGUCCUAUGAGCGCUGUGGAUGAUAUCCUGUUUGUCACAUCGCGGCACAAUGAGCAAGCCAUGAUGUGGGUGAAUCAUUUGAAGACGUGCUUCGAUAAAAUAACAAAACAGCGUGGCCGAUUGCCAUUCAAUUUCCUCCACGUAAAAAUUGACGAGGAUCAAAUAACCCAGCAAUUAACCCACCGCUGCCAGUACACAAAGCUGCAGAUUGUGAUUGUAUGCCCAACGCUGCUCUCGCUGUCGUCCCAGUUUUUACAGUCCAAUAUGAAGCUGCUACUGAAACCGGAGAGGGUUUUAGGCAUGCUGUUGGAUGUAACCGAAACACGUGUGUGGGAAAUCCACAAGGCCACAUUCCCAGCCUAUAAUAAAUGGCGAACGUGUGUCGUGGGCGAUCAUGAACAAUCCUUCGUUAGUGAACUACUCGGUAUCGCGACGGAUAUUCUGGGACGCGCCUUGCGACAGCAACCGAUGCUAAAUACAGAAGUAACCAACGUGGUUUCAUCGCCAAAAACGACAACGGCAGCCUCCCAUUCAACGGCAGGACAUCAAGAGGCAUUUACUUUGUUUCCCAGAAAGGUGAAAGUAGGACAAAGUAAAAUUAUUGCCAUUCUCAACGAGCCAUUGAUAAAGGACGAUUGGAUUAAGAUCAAAAUUGAAAAGGCUAACGAGAUAAUCGAAAUUACUAAUAUCAAGAGGAGGAACCCGUACACUAUUCAGUUCAACAUACCUGAGACCUGUAUGGAAAUUUCCAUGAUGAUUGGAAUUCGGCUGGAGAAAAACAAUGUAGACUUGGGAUGCCGGCCGCUUAAAUGUGAAAGCCGAUUACGAGAGCUGGAGCAGAUACUGAAAUCCCAGGACGCCCCGAUGGACUUUCUGUGCCAGUCGAUUGGCAUCGCCGUAUCGGAUCGCGAUAAACUAGACACAUACCUGUUGCACUCGUUCCAGCGCAAUAUCCCACCCAAUUUCCACCUGCUGAACGCCGAAGCCACUGGUGAUGGCCUUAAAACGCAUCGGGAAACAAAUCCAGAGGAAUAUCCUACUUUGCUACACUUUGCCGCUUAUUGGGGGCUUGAGAAGUUAUGCCUGCAGCUCAUGGAUUGCCCCGGAGGAGACGUUGCUUGCGAGAUGAGAAAUAUUUCAGGACGCACGCCUGCCGAUUUGGCUGAAAUAGGAGGCCACUUCAAAUUAGCAAACAACUUCAAGAAUUUCUCGCAAAUGCAUGAGUUCACCACCAUGUAUCACUAUUUCAAAGGGAUCAGCGAAGCAUCCCCAAAUAAAGUAGUGAUUGAGCCGAAAUCGUCAUCAUCUACGCCAGCACACAACACAAAAGAAAGGUCGCCAAUGGUGAAAUCAUCUCCGCAUGCUGGAAGAGCCCCUCGUCAUCAACACCACCAAAGUGAAGGCUAUAUGGAAAUGAAUGGCAGCGGCAGUGAUAUUGAAUCUAGUCAGUGCGAAGGUUUCAAUUCUGUUUCCAAUUUGAAUUAUCUAAAUGUGGAAGCUUCGGGUGGAAGUGGCCAAGACGAAGUGGACUUUGUAGCAUUUGAUCCACAAAAACAGGCAGAAAAGGAUAAGGAAAUUUUGAACAAUCUCAACAGUAGUCACGAUGAAAGUGUUGGAAGAGAGCAUGAAAUUCUGUUCAAUGAACUUCGUAUUACUGAACCGGAAUAUUUUGAGUCCAGUGACAUUAACAAAAGUGACGCUUUUAGUCAAGAAUGUUCUAAUUUGUUAGAAAACUGUAACGUGUAUUGCAACAACGACUUUGAUUAUUUGAUUCAGCCAUCCAACCUACCGGUGAAAACCUCAGAGUCUGAGAGUGAUUAUUUGGUACAGCCAUCGAAUAUUCCAAUUCACGAGUAUAGCAACUUUGAUUUUGGUAAUGAAUAUCAAAAUAAUCCUAGUAAUAAGCAGAUAAAUGUAAAUCAAGAGGCUGGUAGAGAGACCUCACACCUAAGAUUGAGUUUUAAAAAGAAAGACCAAGAAACCGAUUACAAACCAAAGAACGCCACUUUGAAGAGGCAAGAAAGCAACACCUCCAAAAAAUCUGUCGAUGACGAACUGUUGGAAAUAAUAACAGAUUUCAAGAACAAUGUAUUCACCAUUCAGGAAGUAGAACAAUUAGUUGAUUCAUGGAAAUCACGAAACGAUGUUCAAAAAAGCUUCAAAGACAAAGCUGAGCAGCUACAAAGAAUGCGAGAGGAAUACGAACGAAUUCAACAACAAAUGAAAGAAAAACUAAAGAGACCAACACCGUUUGAGAGAAUGAAGAAAAUGUUUUCGAAGAAUAAGCAUACACCAUCGAAGAAAGUCAAUCCCAGUGCAACCACACCGUCGGAUGUGUGUGAUGACAUCAAAUUUUCCAUGCUAGCACCGUCGUCUCAUUCCCAUCGGCCAAUCAGUUCGACCAGCCUUCAGAGCAUAUCCAGUGGGUCUUCCGGCCGAAUGAGUACCCUAAGUGGUGCUAGUGUUGGCGAUAGCGGAACACAUUCCGACUCAGAUGAACGUAAAUUUGGUUUUGGAAACAAGGAGCACAAUCGAGGAAGUUUGAUGGAGAACUAUAUGAUCCCUCCAGCUCCUAGACCAGUGAUCACACCUGCAGGCACACCGACGCCAGUUGAAGAAAAAGAACGUCCUUGUUUCGGAUCUGCGAUGGCCAACGAGCAUUAUACCAUAUUUCCCUCCAACAUACCGGUGUUCCAAGAACCGUACAAUGAUUACGUAAAUACUCCGUGUUCUCCGACGUUGAAUCCCAUCGAUGAAACCAAAGAAUCAGAAACGCAAGUACAACACAUCAAGAUUCAGCGACACGAAAUUAUCUAUUCGCAGUUGGAAAACGCGAGACCAACACUGAGUUCGUUUAGGGCGUCUACGGACGAGCAACAAUCUUCUAAUAUCGAAGACGUAUAACUAUGAUUUACGUUUUUAAUCAUAUUCCUCUAUAUUAGUGUAUUGUUUGAAUUAAUGUUGUAUUACUCGUCUGUAUAUAUACUCAUUUAAGGACAUGUGCUCGAUACUCAUACUCAUUCUAAAUAUUACUUUUGGACAAGUGAAACUGGUAAAAUACAUUAAAAUUAUUUAUUCCGUAA